AUGGGGGGGGAGCUAACAAAUAAGGCGAAGAUGAUAAUAAAUUCACGGAUGCCUUUUCCACGAAGGCGGUCACAGAGGGGUAAUUUUAAGGGUCGUCUGCGGCGGUCGCUUCUCGUUGGGGUUAUCGGCGUGCUUUUAAUACUUCUUUGGCUAUACUACGCUGGUGAUUCGAGGCGGAUCCCAUUUACACCAUCGGUGCUUCCUCCUGGUGGUACGCAGGAUAUGUUCCUUCGUCCCACAGGGACUCGCAUGGUUGUUUUCGUUAUGAGUGAUAGAAUAGAUGAUGCCCUUUGCUAUUCUGCGGGCUCAGCUUACUUAAACGGACUGCCCGUGGUGAUGGCCGGCUAUCGGAUGCCGUUUCGUGGAUUAAUGUCGAAGUUUGACUUUAUGGAAGCGGCCAUCGAGAAUGCAGAGCUGCAGCCAGAAGACGUAAUCAUUGCAAUGGACUCAGACACAAUCUUCACUGGUGUGGACAUUAACCCGUUCUUGGAUCGCUUCAUUGCGCGGUCCGCUCCCACGCCUGAGCUGCGAUGUGUGUGCGUCUGGAAACGGGAAUGA